ACACGUUUAGUUCUCGAGUCGCGUGCGUAGUAUAUUAUCCGCGGUAUCGUAGUAGGCUCCUGACAAGCCUCAACUCCGGUACGAUCUCUCAAGUAAAAAGUUGCUCGAAGAUUGUGUCAGUACUCAGCCUCAACCCGGGGUUCCCUCGAUCACUCAACAGCUUAAUUACAUAAACACUCAUUUAUAACUUUAUCUAAUACUUCAUUAGUUUCCGCAGUAAACUGCACUGCUCUCAUUACCUGAGUAAUUAAUUGACAGUGGGUUUUUAAAAUUUAAGUGACUUGUCAUUGUCAGACUAUCGUGCAAUAGGAACUCCUGGUUCUGCUAUUGGUCUUGGUCCUGGUCUUGGUCCUGAUAGUGAAUUACGUGGAUAAAAUUGUCUACUCAAGAGGGACGCUGCACUAUGGUACCGAUGAAGGAGGAAGUUUUUACGAACUCGAGGAUCGGCAGCCCGUCAUCGAUCGCUUGGCUUUACUUACUAGCUGAAUUUUUUAUCGGGGUGCUGCUGUCGACGAUGUUGACUUUUUUAGGAGUUAUUAAAUCCAUUUUACCAAAGCCACCGAGGGACUUGACGGGGAACGUUGUUUUGGUAACAGGUGCGAGCUCACCAUUGGGCAGAUGUUUAGCCACGGAAUUUAUCCGCGUCGGCUGUACAAUUGUCUGCGUCGACCAUGACCUCGAGCUGGUGAGAAAGACCGCGUGCGAGUUGGCGGAUAAUUAUUCUGAUUCGGCGAUACAAAGUCUCAGUCCGGAUCACAGGAAACAGGAUGACUCGGAGUUUAAGGCCAGGGUCUUUGCAUAUCAGUGCGAUCUGUGGGACCGCAAGUCUAUUCGAAAAGUCGCUCAGAAAGUUAAAGACGAAAUAGGACCACUUGACAUACUUGUCACGUGCGCGGGCGAGUCUAAUCAAAACAUCCUCGACACUGUCAGCAACACACUCAUGAGCCAUUACUGGACCGUUCUUGCCUUCCUCCCGAUGAUGUACCGGCAACAAAAAGCUCACAUAGUCGGAGUGACGCCUACUGCUUCAACCGACGACGCAUAUUUAGGCACCAGAGCUGCAAUUGCUGGUCUAAUGGAAAGUUUGGGCCACGAAUUCGGGAGUAGAUGCGGUAAUUUAAAUUUCAUGACCGUCGCUCCAAAGGCCGAUCCAAGGUUAAUGAGGCAGAGCGAGGAGAAGGUUGCCUAUGACGUGGUCCAGGCAGUGCGUCGAGAUCAAUGCUGUCUAUCUGCUUCGUGGUGGUCAACGAUGCUUUACCGUGUUAGUUGUGCAAUUCAUAAAAUAAUAACAAUUGUCACGCGAUGGAUUUAUACGCACGGAUGUGACGACCUUUAAAAUAAUAAAUAUAAUAAUUAUUUAAAUAAAGUAUAUAGAUAUUUUAAUUUAUGUAAAUAUAAUAUAACAUUAUUUUUGUAUAAUAAAUAAUUUAGAUAAAAUGUGAAUUGUAAGAGAAAUAAUUAAAAUAUUUUUUUAUAAAUAAUAGACAUUGAUAAAUUUAUAUAAAUUUAUAUAAUAAAAAUAACGGACGAGUAGAAAUAUAAAUAAAAUUUAUUUAAUAUUUUUUUUGUCAA